GCGCGGAUUCAGCUGGGCGCGCUCCUGCCGCCCCGCCCACUCGCCUUUUCAGACUGCAGUGGGAUUUCCUUUAGCCUCCGGUUGGUGCUGCUGUUUCGCUUCGCGGACGGCAUCACAUGACCCAUCUACUUAAUGAUGCCGGAAUUAACCCGCAGGGCUAGCCCAGUGCCUAUAGCUACAGCAGGUACCUGCAUCCUUGUUUUUACUUGGUGGAUUCUCUAUUCCUCCGAGACUCUGGAACCCCUGCAGUCUUCUCCUUAACUGGUAAUCCUGAGGUGAUGGAGUUUUCAAGUCCUUCCAGAGAGGAGCGUCCCAAGCACCUGGGCAGGGUAGGCGCUACUGCUGCCAGCCUCACAGGAUUGCUUCUACUUCAGGCAGUGUCAUGGGCAUCAGGUGCCCGCCCCUGCAUCCCUAAGAGCUUUGGCUACAGCUCGGUGGUCUGUGUCUGCAAUGCCACCUACUGUGACUCUCUUGACCCCCUGACCUCUCCUGUCCCUGGCACCUUCAGCCGCUAUGAGAGUACACGCAGUGGGCGUCGGAUGGAGCUGAGCAUGGGGACCAUGCAGGCCAAUCGCACAGGCACAGGACUGCUACUGACCCUGCAGCCAGAACAGAAGUUCCAGAAAAUGAAGGGAUUUGGAGGGGCCAUGACAGAUGCUGCUGCUCUCAACAUCCUUGCUCUGUCACCCCCUGCCCAGAAUUUGCUACUCAAAUCAUACUUCUCUGAAGAAGGAAUAGAAUAUAACAUCCUCCGGGUACCCAUGGCCAGCUGUGACUUCUCCAUCCGUGUCUACACCUAUGAUGACAUCCCUGAUGACUUCCAGUUGCACAACUUCAGCCUUCCAGAGGAAGACAUCAAGCUCAAAAUACCCCUGAUUCACCAAGCCCUGGAAUUGGCCAAGCGCCCUGUUUCACUCCUUGCCAGUCCCUGGACAUCACCCACUUGGCUCAAGACCAAUGGGGCAGUGAAUGGGAAGGGGUCACUCAAGGGUCAGCCGGGGAAUAUCUACCACCAGACCUGGGCCAAAUAUUUUGUCAAGUUCCUGGAUGCCUAUGCUGAGCAUAAGUUGCAGUUCUGGGCAGUGACGGCCGAGAAUGAGCCUUCUGCAGGACUGAUUAGUGGGUACCCCUUCCAGUGCCUGGGCUUCACCCCUGAACACCAGCGAGAUUUCAUUGCCCGUGACCUGGGUCCUACCCUCGCCAACAGUACUCACCGCAAUGUCCGUCUGCUCAUGCUGGAUGACCAACGUUUGCUGCUGCCCCACUGGGCACAGGUGGUGCUGUCAGACCCAGAGGCAGCUAAGUAUGUUCAUGGCAUUGCUAUACAUUGGUAUCUGGACUUUCUGGCUCCAGCAAAAGCUACCCUGGGGGAAACACACCGCCUGUUCCCAAACACCAUGCUGUUUGCCUCAGAGGCCUGUGUGGGCUCCAAGUUCUGGGAGCAGAGUGUGCGGCUAGGCUCCUGGGAUCGAGGGAUGCAGUACAGCCACAGCAUCAUCACGAACCUCCUCUACCAUGUGGUUGGCUGGACUGACUGGAACCUCGCCCUGAACCCCGAAGGGGGACCCAACUGGGCACGCAACUUUGUUGACAGCCCUAUCAUUGUAGACAUCACCAAGGACAUGUUUUACAAGCAGCCCAUGUUUUACCACCUUGGCCACUUCAGCAAGUUCAUUCCUGAGGGCUCCCAGAGAGUGGGGCUGGUUGCCAGUGAGAAGAACGACUUGGAUACAGUGGCACUGAUGCGUCCUGAUGGCUCUGCAGUUGUGGUUGUGCUAAAUCGCUUCUCCUCCUCUAUCCCCAGCUCCUCUAAGGAUGUGCCUCUUACCAUCAAGGAUCCUGCCGUGGGCUUCCUGGAGACUAUCUCGCCUGGCUACUCCAUUCACACCUACCUGUGGCGUCGCCAGUGAUAGAAUAGAUUCCCAAGCAGGCACUAUGAGACUCUGGCCAGUACAGGGAUCCGAACCCUUGACCUUGGUGUUAUAUCUAUCAUCCUGUAAGUUGCCCUUUAAUAAAAU